AUGUCACCUCCGAAGAGAACAAACAGGGCCGUUCCAACAACCACCCGGGGAACGACGGAAGAAACAACCGGUGUAACUUCUGAAGGAACAACAGCGUCUCCAAAAACACCAGGAACAACCGAAAAAAUGACCGUUGUAACUAGCACAGAAAUUACUUCUGAAAGAACAACAGCGCCUACAAGAACACACGAAACGACUGAAGAAAGAACCGUUGUAACUUUCACAGAUGUCACCUCUGAGAGAACAACAGCCCCUCCAACAACACCAGGGACGACUGAAGAAACAACAGUUGUAACUUUCACAGAUGUCACCUCCAAGGGAACAACAGCACCUCCAACAACACCAGGGACGACUGAAGAAACAACCGUUGUAACUUUCACAGAUGUCACCUCUGAGAAAACAACAGCCCCUCCAACAACACCAGGGACGACUGAAGAAACAACCGUUGUAACUUUCACAGAUGUCACCUCCGAGGGAACAACAGCACCUCCAACAACACCAGAGACGACUGAAGAAAGAACCGUUGUAACUUUCACAAAUGUCACCUCCGACGGAACAACAGCACCUCCAACAACACCAGGGACGACUGAAGAAACAACAGUUGUAACUUUCACAGAUGUCACCUCCAAGGGAACAACAACACCUCCAACAACACCAGGGACGACUGAAGAAAGAACCGUUGUAACUUUCACAGAUGUCACCUCCGAGGGAACAAUGGCACCUCCAACAACACCAGGGACGACUGAAGAGAGAACCGUCGUAACUUUCACAUAUGUCACCUUCGACGGAACAACAGCACCUCCAACAACACCGGGAACGACUGAAGAGACAACCGUUGUAACUAUCACAGAUGUCACCUCCGACAGAACAACAGCUCCUCCAGCAACACUAGGGACGACGGAAGAAACAACCGGCGUAACUUCUGAAGGAACAACAGCGUCUCCAAAAACACCAGGAACAACCGAAAAAAUGACCGUUGUAACUAAUGUCACCUCCGACGGAACAACAGCACCUCCAACAACACCGGGGACGACUGAAGAAAGAACCGUUGUAACUUUCACAGAUGUCACCUCCGAGGGAACAACAGCACCUCCAACAACACCAGGGACGACUGAAGAAAGAACCGUUGUAACUUUCACAGAUGUCACAUCUGACGGGACAACAGCCCAUCCAACAACACCGGGGACGACUGAAGAGAGAACCGUUGUAACUAGCACAGAAAUUACUUCUGACGGGACAACAGUUACAGCACCUCCAACAACACCGGGUACGACUGAAGAAAGAACCGUUGUAACUUUCACAGAUGUCACAUCUGACGGGACAACAGCCCAUCCAACAACAUCGGGGACGACUGAAGAGAGAACCGUUGUAACUUUCACAGAUGUCACCUCCGAGGGAACAACAGCACCUCCAACAACACCAGGGACGACUGAAGAAAGAACCGUUGUAACUUUCACAGAUGUCACAUCUGACGGGACAACAGCCCAUCCAACAACACCGGGGACGACUGAAGAGAGAACCGUUGUAACUAGCACAGAAAUUACUUCUGACGGGACAACAGUUACAGCACCUCCAACAACACCGGGUACGACUGAAGAAAGAACCGUUGUAACUUUCACAGAUGUCACAUCUGACGGGACAACAGCCCAUCCAACAACAUCGGGGACGACUGAAGAGAGAACCGUUGUAACUUUCACAGAUGUCACCUCCGAGGGAACAACAGCACCUCCAACAACACCGGGGACGACUGAAGAAAGAACCGUUGUAACUUUCACAGAUGUCACAUCUGACGGGACAACAGCACCUCCAACAACACCAGGGACGACUGAAAAAACAACAGUUGUAACUUUCACAGAUGUCACCUCCGACGGAACAACAGCACCUCCAACAACAUCGGGGACGACUGAAGAGAGAACCGUUGUAACUUUCACAGAUGUCACCUCCGACGGAACAACAGCACCUCCAACAACAUCGGGGACGACUGAAGAGAGAACCGUUGUAACUUUCACAGAUGUCACCUCCGAGGGAACAACAGCACCUCCAACAACACCAGGGACGACUGAAGAGAGAACCGUUGUAACUUUCACAGAUGUCACCUCCGAGGGAACAACAGCACCUCCAACAACACCGGGAACGACUGAAGAAAGAACCGUUGUAACUUUCACAGAUGUCACCUCCGAGGGAACAACAACACCUCCAACAACAUCGGGGACGACUGAAGAGAGAACCGUUGUAACUUUCACAGAUGUCACCUCCGAGGGAACAACAGCACCUCCAACAACAUCGCGGACGACUGAAGAGAGAACCGUUGUAACUUUCACAGAUGUCACCUCCGAGGAAACAACAGCACCUCCAACAACACCGGGGACGACUGAAGAAAGAACCGUUGUAACUUUCACAGAUGUCACCUCCGAGGGAACAACAGCACCUCCAACAACAUCGGGGACGACUGAAGAAAGAACCGUUGUAACUUUCACAGAUGUCACCUCCGACGAAACAACAGCACCUCCAACAACACCGGGGACGACUGAAGAAAGAACCGUUGUAACUUUCACAGAUGUCAGCUCCGAGGGAACAACAGCACCUCCAACAACACCGGGGACGACUGAAGAAAGAACCGUUGUAACUUUCACAGAUGUCACCUCCGAGGGAACAACAACACCUCUAACAACACCGGGAACGACUGAAGAGAGAACCGUUGUAACUUUCACAGAUGACAUAUCCGAGAGAACAACAGCGCCUCCAACAACAGCGGGGACGACUGAAGAGAGAACCGUUGUAACUUUCACAGAUGUCACCUCCGAGGGAACAACAGCACCUCCAACAACACCGGGAACGACUGAAGAGAGAACCGUUGUAACUUUCACAGAUGUCACCUCCGAGGGAACAACAACACCUCCAACAACACCGGGAACGACUGAAGAGAGAACCGUUGUAACUUUCACAGAUGUCACCUCCGACGGAACAACAGCGCCUCCAACAACACCAGGGACGACUGAAGAAAGAACCGUUGUAACAAGCACAGAAAUUACGUCCGAAGGAACAACGCCUCCAACAACACCAGAAACAACUGCCAAAGGAACUGUUAUAACUAGCACAGAAAUUACUUCUGAACGAACAACAACGCCCCCAAGAACACUGAAAACGACUGAAGAAAGAAACGUUGUAACGAGCACAGAGAUUACUUCCAAAAGACCAACCGCCCCUCCAAAAUCAUUGGAGACAACUGAAGAAGUUACCAUUGUAUCUAGCACAGACGUUACUUCUGGAGGGACAACAACCCCUACAACAACAUUAGCAACGACAUCUUCGGAGACAUCACAAACGACAGAGGUAAGAACCGCCGCGGUAGUUACAAGUGAAGAGACCACUACGGAAGGGACCACAAAUCCUCCACUAACACAACAAACAACUAGAGAUCGAACGGUAGACACUACAACACCACAGACUACUGAGGAAAUUACUCUUAUAACAGCUACGGGUAUCAGUACCAAACAGAUAACAACACCUUCAACGACACCUCAAAUCACUUCGGAAAGAACAGUAGCAACGAGUGGAGACUUAAUUACUGAAGAUAAAACACCACCUCCAACAACGACUGAAGCAAGAACCGUUGUAACAAUAACAGGGAUCACUACGGAAGAAACCACAACACCCCCAGCGACGACAAAGACAACUGAAGAAAGAACAGGAACAGCAGUCACUACGGAGGUAAGCACAACACCUGCAAUGACACUGAAAAGUACUGAAGAAAGAACCGCAGAGACAAGCACACGUCUCACUACAGAAGGGACCACAAAAGGGGCCGAAUCUGAGGGAACCACAACCGGUGUAGCAGCACAGCAAACAACUGUUGACGAAACUGCCAUAUCGACUGCUUACGUCACUACUACACCUCCUGCAACGCUACAAUCUACUGAGGAAAGGACGGGGAUCAUUACGGAGGGGAUCACAACACCCUCAAUGACACAGCAAACAGCUCAGGUUAGGACAUCACUCAUGAGUACUUCUGACAGGACCACAACGCCUCCGGAGACACCAAUAACAACUGAAGAAAGAACUGUAACAAAUACAGACCUCUCUACUGAUGCGGCAACAGCAUCGUCAGCAACACCACAAACAACUGAAGAAAGAACUGUUGUAACAAUAACGGAUGAGACCACACUGCCUCCAACAACACCGACAACUGAAGAAAGAACUGUUGUAACAAUAACGGAUGAGACCACACUGCCUCCAACAACACCGACAACUGAAGAAAGAACUGUUGUAACAAUAACGGAUGAGACCACACUGUCUCCAACAACACAAACAACUGAAGAAAGAACUGUUGUAACAAUAACGGAUGAGACCACACUGCCCCAAACACCACAGACAACUGAAGAAAGAACUGUUGUAACAAUAACGGAUGAGACCACACUGCCUCCAACAACACAAACAGUUGAUGAAAGAACAGUGGUGGAAACUACAGAAGUCAGUUCAAUAGUUAGCACGACACCUCCAGUGACACGUCAAACUACUGGGGAAAGCACCAUUGUAACAGUAACAGGAAUCACUACGGAGGGGACCACACCAAUGGCACCGCAAACAACUGAGCCAAUAACGGUUGUGACGAAGACAGGUGUCACUACUGAAGGGACUACAAAGCCCCCAGCAACAGGACAAACAACUGGGGAAAGAACAAUUACAGGGAUCACUACUGAGGAGGCCACAGCAUCUACAUCAACACCACAGACAACUGAGGAAAUCACAGUAGUGACGAGUACAGAUAUCACAACUGAUGGGACCACACCUCCAAAGGCGACACCGCAAAGUACUGUAGAACUAACAGUAGUACCUACUACUUACCUAACUUCCGCGGGGACCAAAAUAUCUCCAGUGACAACAGAAGCUACUGAGCAAAGAACUGUAGUGACGAGUAUAGACCUUACCGCUGAGGAGACUACAACGCCACAAGCGACAACUCCAACUACUGAUGAAAUAACUACAAUGAUCGGAACAGAUCGUACUACUGAGGGGACCACAACACCUUUAGCAACACCAGAAACUACGGAGGAUAUAACCACAACAACACCUCCUACAACACCACAGACAACUGAGGAAAGAACCGUUGUAUCAAUGACAGGAGCCACUGAAGAAGAGACAACAAUAACGCCAACAACACCACAGACAACUGAAGAAAGGACAUUAGUCACCAGUACAAACCUCACUACUGAAGGGACCACAACACCACAGACAACUGAGGAAAGAACCGUUGUAACAAUGACAGGAGCCACUGAAGAAGAGACAACAACACCUCCAACAACGCCACAGACAACCGAGGAAAGAACCGUUGUAACAAUGACAGAAGUCACUGAAGAAGAGACAACAACACCGCCAACAACGCCACCGACAACUGAGGAAAGAACCGCUGUAACAAUGACAAGAGUGACUGAAGAAGAGACAACAACACCGCCAACAACGCCACAGACAACCGAGGAAAGAACCGUUGUAACAAUGAAAGGAGUCGCUGAAGAAGAGACAACACCAUCGCCGACAACCGAGGAAAGAACCGUUGUAACAAUGACAGGAGUCACUGAAGAAGAGACAACAACACCUCCAACAACACCACAGACAACCGAGGAAAGAACCGUUGUAACAAUGACAGGAGUCACUGAAGAAGAGACAACACCGCCAACAACACCACAGACAACUGAUGAAAGAACCGUUGUAACAAUGACAAGAGUCACUGAAGAAGAGACAACAACACCUCCUACAACACCACCGACAACUGAGGUAAGAACCUUUGUAACAAUGACAGAGAUCACUGAAGAAGAGACAACACCGCCUCCAACAACACCACAGACAACUGAGGAAAGAACCGUUGUAACAGUGACAGGAGUCACUGAAGAAAAGACAAUAACACCUCCAACAACGCCACAGACAACCGAGGAAAGAACCGUUGUAACAAUGACAGGAGUCACUGAAGAAGAGACAACAACACCUCCAACAACGCCACAGACAACUGAUGAGAGAACAUUAGUCACCAGUACAAACCUCACUACUGAAGGGACCACAACAUCGCAAACAACUGAGGAAAGAACAGUAACAGGACUUACUACGGAGGGGGUCACAUCUCCUUCAAUGGCACCACAAACAACUGAGCCAAGAACGGUUGUGACGAAGACAGGUGUCACUACUGAAGGGACCACAAUACCCCUAGGAACAGGACAAACAAAUGACAAAAGAACGAUAACGGGGGUUACUACUGAGGAGGCCACAGCAUCUUCAGCAAUACCACAGACAACUGAAGAAAGAACAGUAGUGACGAGUACAGAUAUCACUACUAAAGGGACAAAAACAUAUCCCAAAACACCUGAGGAAACAACAAUAACAGCAAUCACUACAGGAAUUACUACGGAGGGGGUCACAUCUCCUUCAAUGGCACCACAAACAGCUGAGCCAAGAACGGUUGUGACGAAGACAGGUGUCACUACUGAAAGGACUACAAAACCUCAAGCAACACAACAAACAACUGAGGAAAUAACAAUUACAGGAAUUACUACUGAAAAGGCCACAGCACCUUCAGUAACGCCACAGAAAACUGAUGAGAGAACAUCGGUGACGAGUACAACUGAAGAGACCACAACAGCCCCCCAAACACCGCAAACAACUGAGGAAAUAAAGAUCACAGGAAUUACUACUGAGGAGGCCACAGCACCUUCAGUAACACCACAUACAACUGAGGAAAGCACAGUAGUGACGAGUACAGACCUCAGAACUGAUGGAACCACAAGUAUUCUAGUGCCACUGCAAAGUACUGAGGUAACUGAAGUAACAGGAGUGUCUACUACGUACGUAACUUCUGUGGGGACUGCAGCACCUCCAUCGACACCAGAAACUACUGAGGAAAGAACCUUUACAACAAUAACAGAAUUCAAUACUGAGGGGACCACAAAGACUUUAAUGACGUCACAAACAACUGACGAGAAAACUGCUGGGACUAGUACAGAGGAGACCACGGAGGGGACCACAACACCUCCAGCUACACCACAAACUACGGAUGACAGAACCGUUGUAACAAUAACAGAAAUCACUACAGACGUGACCACAACACCAAAAACUACCGAGAAAAUGACCGCAGUGACCAGCACAGACUUAACUUCUGCAAGAACCACAACACCUCCAAAAACUACCGAUGACAGAACCGUUGUACCAAUCACAGGACUCACUACGGAAGAGACCAUGACACCUUCAACAACACCACAAACAACUGACGAAAGCACUGUUGUAACAGUAACAGGAAUCACAACACCUCCAACAACAGUACAGACUGCUGCGGGAAGAUCCGUUGAGGCAACAACAGGGAUCGUUUUUGAGGGGACAACCACAUCUCAAGUGACACAGACAACAGCUACCAUCUCUGCUAAAGGGACUGAAGUAACACCACUGACAACUGAAGAAAUGACUAUAGUAAAAAGUACAGAAGUCCUUACGGAAGGGACAGCAGUACCUCCAACAACUCCACAAAUAACUGAAAUAGGAACAGAUGUCACACAAACAGAAGUCACUACAGAUGAGACCAGAACGCCUCAAAUAACGUCACAAACGUCAGAAGAAAGGAGUACUGGAGUCUCUACCGAAGGGACCUCAACAGCUCAAGCAACUUUAAUGGCAGAUGCUACAGUCACUACCACCGACGGGACCAGAGCAUCUCCGACGACACCACAAACCACGGAGGAAGGUACAGUUGUUACUAACACAGGAGUCACUACUGAAGGGAGUAUAGCACCUUCAUCGACACCGCAAACCACGGUCACACUUGUAUCAACGACAUCAACAACUGAAAGCACUUUAUCUUCUAGAGGGACAGUGGUGACAACUACUGCAACACCGCCUACUUCUACUGAGAAAACAACGGUACCAACCGCUACAGCCUUUACUGUGACACCAACAACAGCAGGCACAAUUCAUUUGACCCUGCCGUUUACCGAAGAAACUAUAGUUUCAACUGCAACAGACACAUCGCCGGUUUCCAGACGUGCUUCAACACCUGAUGCCACAACAACUACAGCUACAGCUACGGGCUCUCCAGCGGCGUAUACAACUCUUGUUGAAAGCACAUUAGAAAUCACGGACCAAACAGAGACCUCUACACCAUCGGCCACAAGAGAAACAUCUACCAUAGAGACAACAGAACAAACAGCAGCACCAAACAAUACAAUCAUUUUUACGAGUAGAGAAGCCACUACAUCGUCUACAUCCACGCUUACAUCAGCGGAGACUACACAGCGAGCAACCCCGACAACAACAACAAUGACGCUUGGCACGUCGCCCUCUACAUCUGCAGGGCAAACGACACAGCAGCCAACGGGCUUAAGUUCGGUUCAAAGGACUGAACAAACUUUAGCCGACUCGACAGUGACGGUGGGCACGCUCUUCUCUGAUACUUCAACUGAAAGCUUCACAACCAAACCAACAGACCCGCAGAAUGUAACGACUGCAACGAAAGCACCUGUUACAACCACCGUCUUUACUACAACAUCUGUAGAAGACACAACAACAGAAGCCAGUAACGUGUCCACUGCUAAUGCUACAACGCUCCCUUCCACAACGGGCAGAACGCUGUCUUCAACCAAACUCGUGCCCUCUACUACGGAUGUGAGACCACUAGAAUCCACAACGAUGGCAUCGACACCGACUGCACCAAAAACUGAGACAACAAGCUUGCCUACAACAGACAGUGCUGACCUAUCAACACAGGCACCAGCCACAUGUGACAACGACUGCUUCCUCGCCAGUGUCGGGAACAUCGGUGCCAGUUACAACCACCGAUGCAACAUUUGUGACAACGGUGCUAGACGCUACAGAAACUGUUCCGCUAAGUCCAACCAUAACUACGUCUAG